AUGGUGUUUUUCAGUUGUGACAGGUGUAGUGAAGCGCUGAAAAAAAAUCAAGUUGACAAACAUGGAUACAGAUGCAGAGAUACAACUUAUUCAUGUUUGGAUUGUGGCCAAGCUUUUUCUAUAGGAACCUAUAAGAACCACAUCAAAUGUGUAACAGAGGAUAAGAAGUAUGGUGGGAAGAAUUAUGUUGAAAAAGAAAACAAAGGUGAAGCAAAGCAGAAUCGGUGGAUUGAACAAGUAGAACGAGCAAUAAAAAAUGUCACUGAUAAGGGAUUGAAAGAUCUUCUCCAGCAAAUUCGUGGUUUUAACAAUGUACCAAGGAAGGAACUGAAGUUCAUCAAUUUUUUGCAGAAUUCCUUUAAAAUCCACAAUCGAGAUCUGUGUGUUAAGGCAUGGAACUGUAUAAGUGAACAAGCCGAAAAAAUACAAGCAACUGAAGAAGUGGAAUCGAAAAAAAAUGAUGGAAGUUACAAUAGAUUGGGCAAUGAUAAAAGACUUAAUUGUAAGCAGGGAGCUUCGGAAAGCGAUGGUGAGAAAGUAAAAGAAAUCAAGACUGGGGAAAACGAAUCAAAGAAAAAUGGUAUAUAUGAAGAUGAUAAUAAUGGUGCCGGACAGGGAAUAUUUACAACAGAUGAUGUGAAAAGAUUCAAAUGGAAACGUGCAAUUAAGCGAACUUUAAAAGAAGCAGAAAAUGGACAAAUGAAGGUGAAGCGGUUGAGGACCAAAGUUAUUCAAAGUUAUUUAGCAAGUGGUCAGUCUAAUGGAAGUGAUGAAAAUCCCGAAACCAUUUUUAAUGCUAAAUUGUGUUCUUUAGGUUUACGUAUUGAUAAUAAAAUAGUGCGGUUAAAUUAG